AUGACGACACCGGCGAUUUUAUUCAACGACGUUCCAAGAAUCCACUUUUGGGGAAGCACAGCUCCAUACGAAGUUAGUGAAGAGGAUGGUUCACAUCCAUUGGGCGCUCCAGUAGAAGAUGAUGGACGAAUAGAGGAGCAUGGUCAAGAGGACACGGAACAUGAUGCUGGAGACGUCAUUGAAAACGACGGCGAGGACGGAUAUAUGGAAACCAUAUUUGCAGACCCUAACGUGGAUGAAUUCGUAAUGAUUCCAGCGAAUAUUUAUGGUGAAAGUCAAGAUUCGGAUUCCCGAUUGAACUGCCGGCGAAUCAAUGCAUCGACCGAGGAGCAAAACAAUGGAAUAAGCACUGGCGCGGAAGUCAAGAACGAAAACAUAUUUAGUGCAUUUCUUAAUCGGUGUCGGCUGUAUAUUGAGUCUCAAGAUGAUUCACCACGGCCCCAACAAGACAAGAAGCAGCCAUAUAUUCUUGGUAGCAAUAGACGAGCUCCAACUCGCAGCUCAACAAUCUAUAGCAGCUAUGAUUGGGUCUCGGAAGUAGUUGUCGACGAGGAAGGUCGCAGACUGAUUCUCCCUGGUCAAGUUGUUGUUAUGGGACAAGAAAGACAGGGGAACACCGCAUGUUUCAAUUCUGAUUCUCAGCAUUCUCCGUCUGCUUGUGAAACCGACUCGGAAAGUCCCGCAACAUCCAUUGCUAGACGGACAGAUUUGUCAUCCUUCUUCGAAACUUCUACCAUUAUGGUUUCCGCACACGACUUGCUUGCAACUCGAAACAGCAGCAAAAACAACAGCAGCAAGGAGCACUGUGAAUUGGAUUUUGAUCAAAUGCAUGGAGGGUCUCCACAGUCAUCGCUGACAUCGUCUCUAGGUUAUCAUACGGCAACGAUGAGUUCCAAAAUUGCUACCGGCCUGCAACGGUUUGCAGUCCAAAAGUUGGAUCGAGUUCAUCACAAUCUGGUCCACACUACUCAUCGUCUGACGAAUGGGGUCACAAGUCAGCUCCGAAAGGUGGAAAUGCGCUUCCAUAUCCUGGGCAUCGUAUCUGACAUUGCGAUAAUAAGUUGUGAUUGGUUAUUUCCAACGCCGCUAAGAGAGUUGGAAGAUGGCAUUGGUGCACCCAGGGAUCCUGUCGGCGACGCUUAUGUAUCGAUUGAAAUGGCAAUGCUCGAGACAGAUGAGACUUCAUCCUCAGGGUAUCAGCAAGAAAUUGUCUAA